AUUUAGUUCAUUGGAGCUAAAUUAAAUAAAGUGAUUAAAUUAAAUCAGCAAAUUAAACGAGUGUUGCAAUUUAUAAUGAGUCAAGAAGAAGCUACUCUUGAGGGUCAAUUUUCAGAAUUCGCAAAAAUUAAUGACAAAGGCAGAAGCGGGGAGACAAUUACGUUAUCUAAUUCUGACUACUGGAUGCGACAAGCCAAGAUUUUGGAUGACAGAAAACUUACCAUGACCGACACUGGCGUUGCAUUCAAUAAGUUUAGUAAAUCGGAAAUAUCAUUCGAUGAAUGGUUACGGUUCUUGUCCGAUGUGUGCGAGAACAAAAAUAUGGAUGAAGAAACGACGAAACAAUUGUUGAUUAACUGUGGCCUUCCUGGUACUACCGCUGUAAAAGAACCGCAAUAUCGCGACUACUUCGACACAUACAAACCUAAAGAUAGAGUUGACAACUAAGAACCGAGUACAUGACUACUUAGUCGUCGGUGUUAUUCGGAAUUCUUCGGCAGAUACUAGAAAUCUUGUAAAACAAUGAAAAUUUUACUUAGGUCGAUAGACUUUUGAAAUAUUGAAAUUAUUCGUACCAUUCAAAUUUUUUGAACUUGUUUUAGUAUUUCAUAUUUCUAACGC